CUAGAUUUUAAUUAUUUACAUUAUUAUUAAAAUCGAUUGUUUUGAAAAAGAAAACAACUUUUCUCUCUUAUCUCGCCCCUCUCUUCUCUCGUCGCGAAACCCUAACCCAUAUCAUUUCUCGCCCGAUCUUCUCAGUAUCUCAGCCGCUGAGUGCCUUCACCGGCGGGUAGCUGAACCCUUUGCCGGCGGAUGGCCCGUAGCUGCGCGGCCACGCUUCAAUUGGGCUUCCUUCCAGGUUUUCUCGGCUUAGACGGUGGGUUCUUGGCGCACUUUGGUUGGCUCCGCGCCGGUACAGUGGUCGACGGCGAGUUCGACGGCUUCUCUGUCUUUUUCGUUACUACAGUGGAGAAUAGUAGCACUAGCAGGUGCUUCGGAAAGAGCUGAAUCAUAACCCGAUUUGAACUGACGAAUGGAAGCGCGGUCAAAGCGGAUAGUGGGCACUUUGGUGAUAGGAUUCCUGCUCCAUUUCAUUUAAUCUAAACAUUUCGAGCAUCGGGACUUUAUUUUUCCUCCUCGGAAGUUUUACUGAAAAAAAAAUAAUAAAGAAAAAAAAAAACGUCACAAAUUAUGGAAGUGGAGCCCACACUGCAGCCUCUCAAGAACAUUGUGCCGGCAGCACAGAACAACAUAAACGUCAAAUUCAUACUUCUCGACAAAGGGAGAGUAACAUUAGAAGGUCAACACAAGACGUGCCUUGCACUGGCAGCAGACGAGACAGCUGCCGUGCAUUUCCAGCUGUGGGGGCCCGAAUGUGAUGCCUUCGAGCCCGGAGAUAUAAUUCACUUGGUCAAUGGUAUCUUUUCUUACAAUAGGAACAACCUUGUACUUAGGGCCGGGAAAAGAGGCAAGGCUGAAAAAGUGGGGGAAUUCACUAUGACUUUUGUGGAGACGCCUAAUUUGAGCGAGAUAAGGUGGGGUCCCGAUCCCAGUGACUCGAAGAAGUAUGUGCAGCUCGGUGUUAUCUCGCCUUAUUCAAGAAUUUUUGCUCCUCAUUGAGUGGCUUAGGGUAGAUAUACCAGCUUUUCAGUGUGGGAGUUUCACUUAAGAGUCGUCUAAGACAUUUCAGAUUAUUUCCCUUUUUUCGAAGCCCCUACUUUGAAUACUGAUAUCACAGUUUGUGAGAUUGUAUGUAGCGUGUAGUUCGUUUUCUUAUGAGGAAACAGAUUGUGUAUACAGAUGGUGCUAUGAUGACAUUUGAAGAAUAAUUGAACUUUUUACUUGAAUAGUUAAAUCCAAAAGUUCAUCUAGAGAUAUAA